CACGGCUGCAGACAUGACGCACGUUGCUUUUCUCCUCCUGAUCGUCUUCACAGGCGGGUCGUUCUCUGAGAAAGUGUGCAGUUACCAUGAUGUAGUGGACUACCUGAACCUCACCACCAAUAGCGGCGUGUAUAAACUGACCCGGCCCGUGCUGAACUACAAACACCCAACCGUGGUGCAGCUGGACAUCAUCCUCUACGCCAUCCUGGCUGUGAUUGAGAAGACACAAACUUUUAUUCCUUUCGUCUGGGCAACAAUGACGUGGAACAAUGAACGCAUCAAAUGGGACCCCGAUCAGUUUUGUGGAAUAAAUUCGAUUUCAGUUCCAAGAGAAAUGCUCUGGAUGCCAGACCUGUUCAUCUAUGAGAUGAUACAGAAGGAUGACUCCCCUCUGAAUCCGUACAUGUACGUGUUGAACGAUGGGACAGUCACCUGUGAAGAGGACCUGAGGGUGGUCAGCACCUGCAGGAUGGACGUCCAUAAGUUCCCCUUCGACACACAGAAGUGCACCAUCUCCAUUGGGUCUGCGAUACACUGCGUUGAUGAGCUCCGUAUCUUCCCUUUCUCCAACGCGUCUCGAGCCACCCAGUUUUCCCGAGAGGUGAUGAAGUCUCAGGGGGAGUGGGAGUUCCUCGAUCUGUCCAUCUCCAGCAACAACUUCACCUUCGGCAUUAAACAGUGGGAACAGCUCAUAUACACUUUCACCAUGAAGAGGAGGCCCCUCCUCCACGUCAUCAACUUCCUGUUACCCAUCCUGUUCUUCCUGAGUCUGGACAUCGCCUCCUUCUUCAUCGCAGACCAUCGAGGAGAGAAGCUGGGCUUCAAAGUGACCGUGCUGCUGGCCAUCUCCGUCCUGCUGCUCAUCCUGAAUGACAUCCUUCCCUCCAUGUCCAACAAGACUCCUCUCAUAGCGACCUACUGCAUUGUGAUCUUUGCUAUGAUGCUGCUCAGCCUGCUGGAGACGAUUCUGGUAACGUAUCUCAUGGAGAAAGACUCUGCUUCCUACGAGAAGCUCAGGCUGAAGAACAACUUGGAGGAACAACAGGAGAAAGUCAAUAACUGUAACACAGAGGAGAAAAGAGAAAACUGCUGUCCAUGCAUCUGCAAAGUGUCUGACAGUGAGAAACAACAUGAGCUGCUGCCGGUGGCUGAAGUGGUUAACAACAGCAUUCAGUGGCGAGAGUCUCACGUGUUGCUGCUGAUCCUGGAGGAGCUGAAGGAGCUGCAGCACACUCUGAAUCUACACCUGAACUGCAGACACCAACCCUGCUGUCACCAGACCUCUGCCCACCUGUCCCCACCCCCACGUCACUCACUACCUAACUGUAUUAAUGAAAGUGCAGCUGUGUCCGGUGAUGCACCUCGAUGUAGUCACCACAGUCACAAGGGCAACCGAUUUGUUGAUGCCAUGAUGCUUACUGGUUUCAUCUUUCUGCUCUUCCUCACAGAUGGGGUGUUACCUGAGAAUAACUGCAGUUAUCAGGAUGUUUUGAACCACCUGCAGCUGACCAAAACCAAUGAGCUGUACUCAAUGACCCGCCCCGUUAAAAACUACAAGCGCCCCACACAGGUUUCUCUGGAAGUGCUGCUCUAUGCCAUUCUGGAUGUG